UUUUCCCCUUGAAGAAAUGUCCCCAAACCCAUUCCGCAAUGUCCCCAAACUCUAACCCCUUCCAGCCCUGAAAACCCUAAAAAAAAAUUCUCAAUUUGCGUUUGGUCCAUGGGAGUGCGAUUCUCUUCUUAAACCCUCCCUCGCGAUUCAUCUCCGCCCCUCGAAUCUGACGCUUCCACCAUAAUCGAAAUGUCUCUUCCACCCAUAGAGUGUGCAUACGUAACGGAAGAGUGUAUUCGGGAAUGGAGGAGUGGCAACCCUGCCCUCAAGGUUUCCCAACCUGUUCCAAUGCUUCGCUUUCUCUACGAGCUCUGCUGGACCAUGGUUCGGGGAGAAUUGCCCUUUCAGAAGUGUAAAGUAGCAUUAGAUUCUGUUAUAUUUUCAGAUAAAGCUUCCAAUGAGAAAAUAGCUUCAAAUUUUUCUGAUAUAGUGACCCAGAUGGCUCAAGAUCAUACAAUGUCAGGAGAGUUCCGUUCUCGUCUCAUCAAACUGGCAAGAUGGCUUGUGGAAUCUGAAAUGGUUCCAGUUAGGCUACUUCAAGAACGUUGUGAGGAAGAAUUUUUGGGGGAGGUUGAGUUGAUCAAAAUUAAGGCUCAGGAGUUGAAGGUUAAAGAGGUCAGAGUUAAUACCCGACUUCUCUAUCAGCAAACCAAAUUCAACCUUCUCAGGGAAGAGAGUGAGGGCUAUGCAAAGCUGGUUACUCUUCUUUGUCGGGACUCUGAAGCACCUACUCAAAAAUCAUCUGCAGCAACAAUUGGCAUUAUUAAGUCAUUAAUUGGCCAUUUUGAUUUGGAUCCAAAUCGUGUUUUUGAUAUUGUUCUUGAGUGUUUUGAACUGCAGCCUGAUGAUGAUGUGUUUAUAGAAUUGAUUCCUAUUUUUCCAAAGUCUCAUGCUUCACAGAUUCUUGGAUUUAAGUUUCAAUAUUAUCAACGGAUGGAAGUCAACGGUCCUGUUCCAUUUGGGCUCUAUAGACUGACAGCCUUGCUGGUGAAGCAAGAUUUUAUUGAUCUUGAUAGCAUAUAUGCUCAUCUACUUCCCAGGGAUGAUGAGGCAUUUGAGCAUUACAAUACUUUCUCUUCCAAGCGCCUUGAUGAGGCUAAUAAAAUUGGAAGAAUAAACCUUGCUGCAAUUGGAAAAGAUCUAAUGGAUGAUGAGAAACAGGGGGAUGUCACUAUAGAUCUCUUUGCUGCUAUAGACAUGGAAACAGAUGCGGUUGAAGAGCGGACAACUGAGCUUCAGAGCAGUCAGACUUUGGGCUUGCUUACUGGCUUUCUUUCAGUGGAUGACUGGUAUCAUGCACAUCUACUCUUUGAACGUCUUUCACCACUCAAUGCAGUGGAACAUAUUCAAAUAUGUGACAGUUUGUUCAGGCUUAUCAAGAAGUCAAUUUCUUCAGCAUAUGAUGUUAUUCGUCAGACACAUCUUCAAAAUCCUGGAUUGUCCACAGGAGGCAGCACUGAUGUUAUGGAUGUAGAUAACUCUUCAGGAUUCAGUUCUUUCAUAGAUCUUCCAAAGGAACUUUUUCAGAUGCUUGCUUGUACUGGACCUUAUCUCUACCGUGAUACUGUACUGUUGCAGAAGGUUUGUAGGGUGUUGAGAGGUUAUUACCUUUCUGCUCUUGAGCUUGUAAGUCAUGGAAAUGGUGUCUUGAAUCCUCAAUUACAAGUUCCUGGAAAUCUUCACCUACAUCUUAAGGAGGCAAGGCUAAGGGUGGAGGAUGCUUUAGGAGCAUGUCUACUACCUUCUCUGCAGUUAAUUCCUGCCAAUCCAGCCGUUGGCCAGGAAAUUUGGGAACUAAUGAGCCUUCUUCCUUAUGAGGUGCGAUAUCGUUUGUAUGGUGAAUGGGAAAAAGAUGAUGAGCGCAUUCCUAUGCUUUUAGCUGCAAGACAAACUGCCAAGUUGGACACUAGACGUAUUUUGAAACGGCUGGCAAAGGAAAAUUUGAAGCAGCUGGGCCGGAUGGUUGCAAAAUUAGCUCAUGCCAACCCUAUGACUGUCCUUCGAACAAUUGUUCAUCAGAUUGAGGCUUAUAGAGACAUGAUUACUCCUGUAGUGGAUGCAUUUAAGUACUUAACUCAGCUUGAGUAUGAUAUAUUGGAAUAUGUUGUGAUUGAGCGCUUGGUGCUUGGCGGACGUGAUAAGUUAAAGGAUGAUGGCCUUAAUUUGUCUGAUUGGCUUCAAUCUCUUGCUUCAUUUUGGGGCCACCUGUGUAAGAAGUACCCAUCAAUGGAAUUACGGGGCCUUUUCCAGUAUCUUGUGAAUCAGUUAAAGAAGGGGCAGGGAAUUGAGCUUGUUCUACUGCAGGAGCUUAUUCAACAAAUGGCUAAUGUCCAGUACACGGAGAACUUGACUGAGGAACAGUUGGAUGCAAUGGCUGGGAGUGAGACUCUCAGAUAUCAAGCAACAUCUUUUGGUGUAACUCGGAAUAAUAAGGCAUUGAUAAAGUCAACUAGCAGACUUCGAGAUGCAUUACUUCCAAAUGAUGAACCGAAGUUGGCGAUCCCCCUGUUACAGCUUAUUGCUCAACAUUGUUCUUUGGUUGUCAUCAAUGCAGAUGCACCCUACAUUAAAAUGGUUAGUGAGCAAUUUGAUAGAUGUCAUGGAACUCUCCUUCAAUAUGUGGAGUUUCUUUGCAGUGCAGUCACUCCAGCAUCAAAUUAUGCCAUUCUUGUUCCCUCCCUCAAUGACCUGGUUCACCUUUACCACCUAGACCCUGAGGUUGCUUUCUUGAUAUAUCGCCCUGUAAUGAGGCUUUUCAAGUCUCCGAGGAACCCUGAUGUUUGCUGGCCCUUGGGUGAUAAAGAUGCUGCAAGUGAUGCAUCUACAAACUUUGAGUCUGAUCCUUUGGAUCAUUCUGCUAGUAUGGUUCUAAAUCUUGGCUCUGAUCAAAAUCCUAUAAGUUGGUCGUAUCUUCUUGAUACUGUUAAAACCAUGUUGCCUUCAAAAGCAUGGAAUAGCUUAUCUCCUGAUCUUUAUGCUACGUUUUGGGGUCUUACAUUAUAUGAUCUGUAUGUUCCAAAAAAUCGUUAUGAGUCAGAAAUAGCCAAAUUGCAUGCUAAUCUUAAAUCUUUGGAGGAGCUUUCUGACAAUUCAAGCUCAGCAAUCGCGAAGAGGAAGAAAGAAAAGGAAAGAAUUCAAGAAUCUCUUGAUCGUCUGAUCAGUGAACUGCAUAAACAUGAAGAGAAUGUUGCAUCUGUUCGUAGACGGCUUUCUCAUGAAAAAGACAAAUGGUUAAGUUCCUGUCCUGACACCUUAAAGAUCAACAUGGAGUUUCUUCAGCGUUGUAUAUUUCCACGCUGUACUUUUAGUAUGCCAGAUGCAGUUUAUUGUGCUAUGUUCGUACACACACUCCAUUCCCUUGGAACCCCCUUUUUUAACACAGUCAAUCACAUAGAUGUUCUUAUUUGUAAGACCCUACAGCCAAUAAUAUGCUGCUGCACUGAAUACGAGGCAGGCAGGCUUGGCAGGUUUCUGUAUGAGACUUUGAAGAUUGCAUACUAUUGGAAGAGUGAUGAAUCUAUUUAUGAACGUGAGUGUGGAAACAUGCCUGGCUUUGCUGUCUACUAUAGAUAUCCGAAUAGCCAGCGAGUUACAUAUGGCCAGUUCAUUAAGGUACACUGGAAGUGGAGUCAAAGAAUCACUCGUUUACUAAUUCAGUGUCUUGAAUCUACCGAGUACAUGGAAAUUAGAAAUGCUCUUAUAAUGUUGACAAAAAUUUCUAGUGUUUUCCCUGUUACUCGGAAGAGUGGGAUCAACCUUGAAAAGCGGGUAGCUAAGAUUAAAAGUGAUGAAAGGGAGGAUCUUAAGGUGUUGGCAACUGGUGUUGCAGCAGCAUUGGCUGCUAGGAAGCCUUCUUGGGUUACCGAUGAAGAAUUUGGUAUGGGUUAUCUUGAGUUGAAACCUUCACCAUCUAUGACUAAAUCUUCAGCUGGAAACUCCGCAACUGUACAAAGUGGGAUAAAUCUCAAUGUUUCACAAACUGAAUCUGUCAGUGGAAAACAUGUGGACUCCGGAAACACAGUCAAAGAUCAGGCAAUAAGAACAAAAACUGUAGAUGGCAAGUCCGAGAGAAUUGAAAGCAUUACAGUGACAAAAUCUGAUGCUGGCCACAUUAAACUCAAGAGUAGUUCAAUGGUGAAUGGAUUGGAUGCUCAAUCAUCCAUGGCCCCGUCUUCUGUACAAUCUGGGAUGCCAAAAUCUAUGGAAAACCCAAAGCAAGUGGAAGAAUCCAUAAAUAGAGCAUCAGAUGAACAUGGGACAAGAAGUACUGAGUUAAGAACUUCAGCAAAACGUUCAGUUCCUGCUAGUUCACUUGCAAAGCCCUCAAAACAAGAUCCUGUAAAAGAGGAUGGUAGAUCUGGAAAACCUGUUGCUAGAACUUCUGGUUCCUUGAGCAGCGACAAGGAUCUACAAACCCAUGCAUUGGAGGGAAGACACACUGGAACUACCAAUGUACCUUCUUCAAAUGGUAACACCAUUUCAGGUUCUACAAAAGGUUCAAAUCCACCAGUCAAGAUUUCAUUGGAUGGUCCUGGUAAUGAAUCCAAGGCAGAGGUUGGAGUUGCCAAGUCUUCUGAUAUUAGGGCUUCUAUGGUGAAGGAUGAUGGAAAUGAUAUUACUGACAAUCCAAGAGGAUCCUCCUCUCGCAUAGUUCAUUCCCCUAGGCAUGAAAACACAGUAGUUACUUCAAAGUCUAAUGAUAGAGUUCAGAAGAGAGCUAGUUCUGUUGAAGAACCUGACAGACUAGGUAAACGACGGAAAGGGGAUGUGGAGCUAAGAGAUUUUGAAACUGAACUCAGAUUCUCUGAAAGAGAGAAGAUGAUGGAUCCUCGAUUUGCUGAUGACAAAUUGGGACCAGAGGAACAUGGUCUGUACAGGGCAAGUGAUAAGCCAUUGGAAAGGACAAAAGACAAAGGCAACGAAAGAUAUGAAAGGGAUCACAGGGAAAGAAUGGACCGUCUGGAUAAGUCUCGUGGUGAUGACUUUGUUGCAGAAAAACCUAGGGAUAGGUCAAUUGAAAGAUAUGGAAGAGAACGAUCUGUUGAGAGAAUGCAAGAGAGGGGUAGUGAUAGGAGUUUUAAUAGACUCCCUGAGAAAGCCAAGGAUGAAAGAAACAAGGAUGAUAGAAAUAAAUUACGAUACAAUGAUGCAUCAGCAGAAAAAUCUCAUGGUGAUGAUCGCUUCCAUGGGCAAAGCUUGCCUCCACCUCCCCCUUUACCUCCUAAUGUGGUUCCUCAAUCUGUAGGAGCUGGUAGGCGUGAUGAAGAUGUUGAUAGAAGGUAUGGAGCUACAAGGCACUCUCAAAGACUUUCUCCAAGGCAUGAAGAAAAAGAACGGAGAUGGUCUGAAGAGACUGUGGUUUCUCAGGAUGAUGCCAAACGCCGAAAAGAAGACGAUUUUCGAGAUCGAAAACGUGAGGAAAUUAAGGUGGAAGAGAGGGAGCGGGAAAGAGAGAAAGCAAACAUUCUAAAGGAAGAGUUGGACUUAAAUGCCGCAUCCAAGAGACGUAAACUCAAGAGGGAGCAUUUACCAACUGAUGAACCUGGCGAGUACUCUGCAGUGGCCCAUCCACCUUCUUCCGCUGGUACUGGCAUGCCGCUGGCAUAUGAUGGAAGGGACAGAGGAGACAGAAAGGGACCCAUCAUGCAGCAUCCAAGUUACAUAGAUGAAUCAAGUCUCAGGAUUCACGGUAAAGAGGCGGCCAGCAAGUUGAAUCGCCGUGAUUCAGAUCCCUUGUAUGACCGUGAAUGGGAGGAUGAGAAGAGACAAAGAGCUGAUCAGAAGCGAAGGCACCGGAAGUAACAAAUCAAAAGGGGAUUUCACCAGUAAACUUUUUUGAAGGUUGUGUCCGUUUCAUGCACGUGCUAUAAUGCUAACUUUUUGCGUGAGUUGAGGUGGUGGGUUCACAACACUUUUAACUGUCAGCCCCCUCAUUUUUCUGGCAACUUGUGCCAAAUUUCAGCAGUUCAAAUUAUUAGUCUUCUUUCUAAAGUCAGCAUGAAGAAGUUAUGAAAAUUCUUAUACACUUGUAUAUAGUGUUGUAUAUUCUGGAUAGCUGAUGAUCAAAUAUACUCUGAAAAAUCCGAUUAUUUCGUUUGAACUUUCAUUUACAUCAAUAGCAAUACCUAGGAAACAUAAAUUUUGUAGAUUCGUGCAAAUGUUUUGGUGGUCUUUCAUGGAGAAGUUGGCGGCACCCGUGAUUGCAUCCUUGCCAUUAGGGAUGAAUCCUGUCCAUUCUCAAUUGUUGAACGAAGUAUAUGCCGUCCGGCUCCUGAAUGUUAUUCUAUGGAUAUUGGGUGUUAUACUUGCGGAUUGGAUCAAGCGCGUGUACUGGUUGGUUAUGAAAACCAAGCUCCGGAAUUUUAACCUCUGAAAUUUUGUGAACACAUUCAAUUCGUAAUGCUAAUAUAUGUUAUCUAUAUUUAUGCA